UUCAUCAACACAACCUGUUCCAGCCGGCCCGUCUCCACGGUAACAGCCCCUUCCGCAGCACGCUCAUUGGCUGGCUGGGAGAAUGUAUCCAUUGAGACGCUCGCUGUUUGUAUCCAUUGAGGAGCUGCCUCGCGCUAGGGGUGUGCGAGGGCUGAGUCCGAGAGAGACAGGGAGAGAGAGAGAGCAAAUAGAGGCUUGAAUAAUCCGAGGAGAAAGACGCUCGGGUGGAUUUGAGGUGCAGCCUUGGAGGGAGGGAUUAGGAGCCGCUGGACUUUUUUUCCCUCCUCCCCUCUCAGUAGCACGGAGUCCGAAUUAAUUGGAUUUCAUUCACUGGGGAGGAACAAAACUGUCUGGGCACCUUCAUUCAAAGCGAUUCAUUGACACCGAGAACGAGCGGCUGCAGCCCGGUGCAGAAGGAACCUCCGGCUUCACUUCUGUCUCUCCUUCCCCAACCUCUAACCCGGUUUGGGAAGAGCGAGGUGGAAUUCAACCCCGCUCCGUGAGCGGCGGCUUCGCUUAGCGCGCUCGGCCUAUGCCUGCCCCAAGGGGCAUCUGCUAGGCACCCCACCCUCCCUCGCAGCUCGACCCCCAUGAUAGAUACGCUCAGACCCGUGCCCUUCGCGUCGGAAAUGGCGAUCAGCAAGACGGUGGCGUGGCUCAACGAGCAGCUGGAGCUGGGCAACGAGCGGCUGCUGCUGAUGGACUGCCGGCCGCAGGAGCUGUACGAGUCGUCACACAUCGAGUCAGCCAUAAACGUGGCCAUCCCGGGCAUCAUGCUGCGGCGCCUGCAGAAGGGCAACCUGCCGGUGCGUGCGCUCUUCACGCGCGGCGAGGACCGGGACCGCUUCACCCGGCGCUGCGGCACCGACACAGUGGUGCUCUACGACGAGAAUAGCAGCGACUGGAACGAGAACACGGGUGGCGAGUCGGUGCUUGGACUCCUGCUAAAGAAGCUCAAGGACGAGGGCUGCCGGGCGUUCUACCUGGAAGGUGGCUUCAGUAAGUUCCAAGCCGAGUUCGCCCUGCACUGCGAGACCAAUCUAGACGGCUCUUGUAGCAGCAGCUCGCCGCCGUUGCCAGUGCUGGGUCUCGGGGGCCUGCGGAUCAGCUCCGACUCUUCCUCGGACAUUGAAUCUGACCUUGACCGAGACCCCAAUAGUGCAACGGACUCGGAUGGCAGCCCGCUGUCCAACAGCCAGCCUUCUUUCCCCGUGGAGAUCUUGCCCUUCCUUUACUUGGGUUGUGCCAAGGACUCCACCAACCUGGACGUGUUGGAGGAGUUCGGCAUCAAGUACAUCUUGAACGUCACCCCCAAUCUGCCGAAUCUCUUUGAGAACGCAGGAGAGUUUAAAUACAAGCAGAUCCCCAUCUCGGAUCACUGGAGCCAAAACCUGUCCCAGUUUUUCCCUGAGGCCAUUUCAUUCAUAGACGAAGCCCGGGGCAAAAACUGUGGCGUCUUGGUGCAUUGCUUGGCUGGCAUUAGCCGCUCAGUCACUGUGACUGUGGCUUAUCUUAUGCAGAAGCUCAAUCUGUCAAUGAACGAUGCUUAUGACAUUGUCAAGAUGAAGAAAUCCAACAUCUCUCCCAACUUCAACUUCAUGGGCCAGCUGCUGGACUUCGAGAGGACGCUGGGACUCAGCAGCCCCUGCGAUAACCGGGUCCCAGCACAACAGCUCUACUUCACCACUCCUUCCAACCAGAACGUCUACCAGGUGGACUCCCUGCAAUCCACGUGAAAGGCCCCACAUUCCUCCGCGCUAGGAUGUGUCCUUUCCUUUAGCAGUUUCUCUUGGCAGCAUCAGCUGGGCUGCUUUCUUUGUAUGUGGCCCAGGGUGUCCAGAUGACACCAGCUGUCUAUUAGACAAAGGUUAUCAUAUGUGGAAUUGGUUAUUACAAAGGGAGAGAUUUGCUCCAUUCUCCUUGAAAGAACAGGACAUGCUGUAUAGAUACAGGCAGUCGGUCUGCUCCACACCUAUGUGUACAGCCUACCCAUGCAGGGACUGGAAUUCGCAGACUUCCAGAUAAAUAGGGUAGGACCAAAUGGUAGGAUAGGAGCAUGUGUUCUUUAGAGCCUUGUAUGACUGUUUCCUUUUACAUCUGGAACUGACUAUAUUGUCUUCAGUGAAGACUGAUUCAAUUUUGCAUAUAGAGGAGCCAAAGACAGGUUUCAGCUCUAGUGUCAGUUUGCAGGAAAAAAACAAAAACAAAAAAACACACCGUGAAUAAUAGAUAAAAUAAAUCUGAUACUCCAUUUGAUUAUUGUAAAUAUUUGAUCUGAAAUCACUUGGCAAUGUUUGAAUUGUGUUUGUUUUUUCUUUGAUGGGUUUAAAAGAAAUCAUCCAAAGGGAGAAAGAGCAGUGUACCACUUUUUAAAACAAAAAAUGUAAACUUUUGAUUUUAAUCCAAAGGAUAAUAUUUGCAGCAUGCUCAACUUUACCGAUUCUGAAGGACAUUUUCAUGGACACUAUUACCGCUGAGACCUUGUUAUGGUGCAGUCCUCAGUCUCUUACAUAUAUCUUCCUUGUGAUCCUGCCCCCUUAAUGUAGUUUGACUCUGCCUUACCUUUGUAAAUAUUUUGGCUUGCGUUGUCUUAAAGGGGAUACCUUGGAAAGGCACCAAAAUCAUGGGCUCACUUUUUUUUCCUUCUUUAACUUCAGCUGUGCUAAACAGUAUAUUACCUCUGUACAAAAUUCUUCAGGGAGUGUCACCUCUAAUGCAAUACUUUGGGUUGGUUUCUUUCCUUCUAAAAAAUUUGUAUAAAACUGGAAGUGUGUGUGUGAGCAUGGGUACCCAUUUGAUAGGUGAAGUGCAUCUGAUUGUGAAGAAGGGAGAGUUAAGUUGCUUCAUUCUGUUCAUGGUGUAAAGUUUUGAGAUAAAAUUUAUUAUAAGAAUGUAAAACCUUAAAUUAUUAAUAAAUAACUAUUUUGGCUAUUGAAUGUGUGUGUGUGUGGUGUUGUUUUUUUUUAAUUCUUAAUUUCACCUGAAUGUGAAAUGACACAUUUUAGGUAUUUUUCAGCUGGGACUGAUGCUGGCUUGUAAAAGCACUUGUGGGCACAGGAGGGCAAAGUUCUCAUCUUUUAAACUAUUCUAAGAAUGUUUUUUAGGUGCAGUUUAUGAAAUUGAUCUUUUGCUUCAAAGAAAGACAUCAUGAAGUGGACCAACUAUAUCAUGUACACGGAUAAUACUUUCUACAAAUAUGGUUCUGGCUUAUGUAAGAAAAUAGCAAUGCUCUCAAAACAAAGGAAGCCAUAGAGCACACCUUACUGCUGAGGUACAAGACAGGGAUAUUAACAGUCAAAGAGGGGUGCUAGAAUGACAAGAAGACAGUCAUGUUAACCUCUUUCUUCUGUCAGGAUCUUCCACUCAGUAAUUCACAUGCCAAGGAGAAAGUAGGAGUAAUUAUUUUUCCAGUCAGUUACUGUGGCAAUUCUACUUGCAAAUUAUCCUAAUGUUGGAAUAACAAAUGAAUCAGGAGGGGUGUCUCCCUUUUCUCAUGUCCAUAUCGAAGUCUAUCUAAGCUUUCUCACCGGAGCCUGGGUUUGGCUUUAACACUCACCACUGGCAUUUUAGUUGAAGCUCAAGCUCCUGCUCUAAGGUGCUCUGUGCUCAACUAGUUUAGAAUGUAGGUCAGAAGCCACAGUUGAACCUUAUGGAGGUGAUUUUGAGCCGUUUCUUUUAAGGUAAAGGCUUACUAUAUUGUCAUUUUCUUUGGGACAUCUCUCCCUGUCCCAAGUGUAACAGUACAAACCAAAAUAAAAGAUGAGGGCAGGUGUCUGACAUCUAAAGAAAUAGAACACAACUACAUUCUGUAUUCCUUUCAAAAGUCCCUGUACUUGCUCUGGGGAGAAAGAUGAGCUUUUCACCCACAUGGCACAUGAGAGAUGCCAGUUGGAUGGUUUGGUAAUCUACAUGAUAGGAGGCAUGUGGCCCUGAUUUUAUGGCAAUCAUAUCAAACUGUCCAGUGUGACUUUUAGCAACUAAGCAUAUAUAAAAGGCCAACGUGUAGAAAACGACCAAGUCAGUCUCCCAUUUGGCUUUCCCAAGUCAGCGGGAGCUCAGAAAGGAGAAGUGGGUUGCAGUUCCACUUGGCCCGUGUUAAUCCAGUUCUGAACGGUUUCCGCUCCUGGCAUUCCCUAAACUGGCUGUUCAAAGUGGGGAUUUGCAAGCAGCGUUAGCAAUUUCCUGUCCAGCUGCAGCUCAAGUAGCUGUGUGCUCCCCCCCCCCCUUUCUUUGUUCUGGUUUCUUUUUCUUUUUUCUUUCUUUUUUUCUUUACCAUGGGCUGUGGAUAAUUUUAGUGCAUUUCCUCUCUGUGGAUUAUCAUCUUUCCUCCUCAAAGUUGCAUACAUUGAGUUCCUACUGCUCCGCUCCAGCCGGCAGCUGGCCUCCCCAGCACUUC